CGCGCAUCCACAUCACAAGCAUAAACGCAAGGUCUCAAGUCAAACACACAGUGAGAUCACCCUUCCGCUCUCCGGUGCUACAAUACGAUAGAACACCCUCAAAACCAAUCACACACUGGCAUAGUUCAGGUGCUUCGAACCAAAAUGUCAGAAUCGCAGCAAGGUGUUGCCGGGGACGAGCGCACCACCAAGAGUAAGAUACUCGAGGCAGGUGCAGGCAUGACUCAGGACUUCACUCCGGUCAAGAGUAUCUGCGCGCAUCUGAACGCGUUCCAUGUCUAUGCGGACGACCCAAAGCGCUUCGUCGAGGCAAAUCACUAUUGCAGUCACCUGACAGAAGACGUCCGCCAGUGCAUACUCUACGACAGCCCGAACCCAGGAGCCCGACUCAUCGGCAUCGAGUACAUGAUCACCCCAAAGCUGUACUCCACGCUGGACACCGAGGAGCGCAGGCUCUGGCACAGCCACGUCUUCGAGGUCAAGUCGGGCAUGCUCAUCAUGCCGCAGCCCUCCGCACUCGUGCCGCAGGCCGCGUGGGAGAAGGCCGAGUCCGCCGAGAUGGAGGACGUGAUCGAGCUGUAUGGCAAGGUGUACCACCUGUGGCAGGUGGACAAGGGCCACAAGAUCCCGCUGGGCGAGCCGAAGCUCAUGACGAGCUUCACCAAGGCGGAGCAGAUGCCGGACUUUGAGACGGUUGUGGCUGAGAGGGACUCCAGGUUCGGGGGUGCGGAUUGGAAGAGGAAGAAGGAGAUACGGGAGUACAUCAAGGAGCCUGAGAUUCACCCUGAUGCUGAUGCGACAUGGAAACGGAGUUAGCUGGCCCACCUGUUUUUCACGGCUGAUGGGUUCUCGAAGAUUCUAGCUUCCAAUCAAUAAGCAAAACCGACAUGACUUGAAUAAA